GCAUGGACCCCUGCCCCAGGGGCGUCGAGAGCUCCACCAGAGCUCCGGCGUCCAGCGCCUCACCCUCAUUAACUCAUACCUUCAGCUCUCUCACCGACGACGCCACUUGCAUAACCGAGGAUAGGCUCACCGCGAAGGCGACACACAUCAUCGCCGGUCCCGUCUCAUACACAGGCCUCCAUAUAUAUCAGAGCGCAGCAGCCCUUAUAGUCGGACCAAUUGAUCUGAAGCGCCCAAACAUCCUUGUGGUCCGGCGCACCUCGCUCAUUCAACUACGUCGUUCGUCGCCGCUCGACCAUCAUCAUGCCGCACAUGCAAGAUGACAUCCUGCGUCUCAGCCUGGACGAGCCGGAGAAGUUCUGGGCGCACCAGGCGGGCCAUCUCUCGUGGCACGUCAAGCCGACGGCCACGCUGCACCACACCAAGCGCACGCUUGCGGGCAGCGGCGUCACGCACGACAGCUGGGAGUGGUUCCCAGGCGGCGAGAUAUCGACCUGCUACAACUGCCUCGACCGCCACGUCGUGGCCGGCAAUGGUGAUGAGGUGGCCAUCUUCUACGACAGCCCCGUGACGGGCGCAAAGGAGCGCUACACGUACGCGCGGCUGCUCGACGAGGUCGAGGCCCUAGCUGGGGCCCUGAGAGAGCAGGGCGUCCGCAGGGGCGAUGUCGUCAUGUUGUACAUGCCCAUGAUCCCCGCCGCCGUCGUGGGCAUCCUGGCCGUCAACCGCCUCGGCGCCAUCCACUCCGUCGUCUUCGGCGGCUUCGCCCCCAACGCUCUCGCUCAGCGCAUAGACGCCUGCCAGCCUGUCGCCCUGCUCACCGCGUCGUGCGGCAUCGACGGCACCAAGCCCCCCAUCGCGUACCGCCCGCUCGUCGAGGAGGCCGUCUCUCUUGCCAAGCACAAACCCCCGCGCACCAUCAUCUGGCAGCGUGAUCAGCUCCGAUGGAAUCCCACCAACCGCGCCCAGGGGCAGGCAACUUGGCAAAAGGUGGUCAGGAGCGCGAGGGCGAGGGGCGUCAGGGCCGGCUGCGUGCCUGUCAAGAGCAGCGACCCGGUAUACAUCAUCCACACGUCCGGCACGACAGGCGCCCCCAAGGGCGUGCUGAGGGAAGCGGGAGGGCACGCCGUCGGCUUGCAUCUGUCCAUCAGCUAUCUCUUCAACAUCCACGGACCCGGCGACGUCGCGUUUACCGCGUCGGACAUUGGCUGGGUCGUUGGUCAUUCGUACAUUGUCUACGCCCCGCUGCUAGCCGGCGCCGCCACCGUCUUAUACGAGGGCAAGCCCGUGGGCACGCCCGAUGCCUCGGCUUUCUGGCGAGUCGUCGAGGAGUACAAGGUCAACACGAUGUUCACCGCGCCCACAGCCCUACGGGCCAUCAAGCGAGACGACCCGGAGAACAAGUUCCUCUCCAAAAUCGGCGAGAGGGGCGGCCUGCGCUCGCUCAAGGCUCUGUUCCUCGCCGGCGAGCGCUCCGAACCCACCCUCAUCUCCAUGUAUCAAGAGCUCCUCACCAAGUACGCCGCCCCGUCGGCGCACGUCAUCGACAACUGGUGGUCCACCGAGGCCGGGUCCCCCAUCACGGGCCGAGCCCUCGUGCCCCACGCCGGCCGCGACCGCAAGACGACGGCGCGAGACCACCUGCCGCCUGCGCUCAAGCCCGGGAGCGCGGGCAAGGCGAUGCCCGGCUUCGACAUCCGCAUCGUGGACGACGACGGAGCCGAGGUGGCCAAGGGGACCAUGGGGAACAUUGUCCUCGGCAUGCCCCUUGCUCCGACCGGCUUCCGCACCCUCUGGGCGGACGAGGAGCGAUUCUAUAAGAGCUACCUAAAGAGAUUUCAGGGCAAGUGGCUCGACACGGGCGACUCGGGGUGGAUUGAUGAGGACGGUUACGUCCACGUCAUGAGCAGAAACGACGACGUGCUCAACGUGAGCGCCCAUCGCCUUUCAAGUGGCGGCAUCGAGCAGGCUAUCGCAUCGCACCCCCUGGUCGCCGAGUCGUGCGUCGUCGGCAUACCCGACGCCCUCAAGGGCCAGCUCCCCUUCGCCUUCAUCACGCUGUCAACGCCCGACCACCCGACGUCGGCGGUGCCGGACGCGCGCGUGGCCUCGGAGAUCCAGGACCUGGUGCGCAGACAGGUCGGCGCCAUCGCCUCGCUGGGCGGCGUCGUGCAGGGCAAGGGCAUGAUCCCCAAGACGCGGUCGGGCAAGACGCUGCGCCGCGUGCUGCGCGAGCUGGUCGACAACGCCGUCCACGCCGACUUUGACAAGCCCGUCGCCGUGCCGAGCACCGUCGAGGACGCGGGCGUCGUCGAGGUUGCGAGGGCAAAGGUGAGGGAGUACUUUGAGAAGCACGGCGCCAGGCACGCCGCGGUCGAGCAGAGGACCAAGGCGAAGCUGUGAGCCUGUGGGUUACCGCCCAAAUCCCAGUGAUACGCUUUUUUGCACAGAUGGCGGCAAGCAAAGGGAGCGGGCAGACUUGAAUUUCUUGGAUAUUUUAACCACCAAAGAGGGCUUAUUGUCUCGCUGAGCGGCGACGUCUGGUGGUUGUUAUGCGAUACGAACUACUCUAGAACCCUAUUCCUGUUCUCGUAAACGUGAAACACGCGGAAAUCGUGUAGGGAACAAUCCUAGGGGCCGUGUCCCUGUCACCGGUAUAUCCCUCGUCCUCGUAUACUAGGCAGCCC